CAGGACUGUAUAGGGUCAGCACUUCAAGCCUGAUGGCUCAGCAGUCCUGACCUGAGAGAGCUUCAGCACCUGGACUCACGGUCUUCCUUCAGCCCUGCCAUCUUCUGGUCCAGGCAGAGGACAGAGACAUCCCCGUCUUGCAAGCUUGUGCAUUCUGUAACCUGCUAUAGUGGCUCCAAGACCUAGAGUAAAGGACUCCUCCAGGACUAGAACAUUUGAGUUUCAACUUCUGUGGCCAUUGAUCCCCAAGCACAGAUGAGAGGGAACUUACCAACCCAGUGUGUCGGUUUGAAACCGCACCAAGCCAGGCCUCUGUUCUUGAUGACUGUGGCGUUGCAGCUCAUCAAUCGGGGAAACAGCUAUCAGAGCGAAGGAGAUGGAGCCAGAGAAAUCAGCAAUAUCCUGUCUCCAAUGCUCCCAGUGGACGGAACUCUGAGUAAUUCCAGUAGAAGGAAUGACAGCCAAGAGGGAGUGCACCAAUGGGAUUUCCUUCCGGACUCCAGCACUUCGGGAGAGAGUGCGGUCCCUGGAUCCCGCUGUUGCCACAAUGGAGGCACCUGCGUUCUCGGCAGUUUCUGCGUGUGUCCUGCGCACUUCACUGGUCGCUAUUGCGAGCACGACCAGAGGCACAGAGACUGUGGCGCCCUAGGUCAUGGAGCUUGGACCCUGCACAGCUGCCGUCUAUGUAGAUGCAUCUUCUCAGCCCUGUACUGCCUCCCACGCCAAACGUUCAAUCACUGUGACCUGAAAAGCUUCCUCUCUUCAGGCGACAGAGGAUCAAGAGCAUGCAGCAUCCCAAGUCUCCUCCUGCUGAUGCUCUGCCUCCUCCUGCAGGGUGUGGCAGGUAAAGGCUGAGGCCCCUAAGUGCCAUGACAGAAUCUCCUCCUGAGCCUGCAAGGUGUCACUCUUCAUUACACAGGCACCACAGUAUGCCAGCAGGAAAACUGGGUGGUGGGCAUCUGCCUCGAUGUUGUAUCCUGUAAAUAACAGAAUCACUGAAAUAUGCUAGAUCCUUGAGCUGUACAAUAAAGACGCUUAGUGGUG